AUGUCGUUCAAUUCAAGCCGAGCAUCGGUAGUCCACUCUCUCAAGGGUAUUGUAGCGUGCUCACAACCAUUGGCAGCCGCAGCAGGCAUUAAAAUAUUAGAACUGGGCGGAAACUCAAUUGAUGCCUCCAUCGCUGUCUCUGCUUGCUUGUGUGCUUUGGAACCGGCAUCAACUGGGGUAGGUGGUGACUGUGUUCUCUUACAUUUUGAAGCAUCGACUAAACAGGUAAUUGGAAUGAACGGUACGGGCAGAGCGCCUUCAAAAUUGACCCGUGAAUGGCUUAUCGAAAAUCAGGUGGUGAGCGACUCUGACAGCAGAUUGCCCCGUUCUUCAGCUCACGCUGUAAUUGUACCCGGUGCAGUUGCUGGCUGGAUCGACGCAUUCACUAGAUUGGGUUCUAAGAAAGUAACCCUGAAACAGAUACUGGAGCCGGCAAUAGAUUUAUGUGAGAAAGGGCACCCUAUCAGUGAGAUCUCAGCGAACUUGACCCAAAAUUGCUGGAAGGCUCUUCAAAGUCAAAAUAUCGAGUCACCAGAGCUGUUGAGUAGCUUUGCGCCAGUGGGUAACCCGGGGCAGCCACCCAAAGAUGGAGACCUUGUGAUCAACAAGCAGCUUGCCAAAGUGUUCCGCGUCGUCGCUGAAAACGGCAAGGAAGGCUUCUAUACUGGAGAAAUUGCAGAUGCUAUUGUUGACGAGGUAGCACGUAGAGGCGGCCUGCUUUCGCGCGACGAUCUAGCCGACCAUGAAACUACUUUCAUUGACCCUAUCUACCUGGAUUUUCUUGGCUACCGGAUCUGGGAGACACCCCCAAAUAGCCAAGGUCUUGUGGCUCUGCUUGCACUUGGGAUUAUCCAAGAACUGCACGAAGAAGGUAUCGUAAAUCUUUACGAGUUGAAACAUAAUUCCACAGACUAUUUGCAUUUGAUCACAGAAAGCCUGAAAAUCGCGUUUUAUGAUGCUGAUGAAUAUGUUUCCGACCCGCAUCACCAAGACGCAGAUUUACUGCACAGAUUGCUUUCCAAAGGCUAUCUCAAGUCCAGAUGCAAAUUGUUCAGUAAAACGAGCAUACUGGACAGUAAGGCAAUAAAACAUGGUGUUCCAGAUGCGGAUUUAAAUCAAUCGGACACUGUUUAUUUCACGGUCAGCGACAGUGGUGGGAAUGCCACAUCUUUCAUUAACUCUGUAUACGUGGAAUUCGGAUCUGCCAUCGUUCCAAGAAAUUUUGGAGGAUUUGUAAUGCACAACAGAGGCGCCAAUUUCAACCUCACAAAGGGCUCUAAGAAUUGUUUGGGCCCAAAAAAAAGACCGUAUCAUACAAUAAUUCCGUCUAUGAUAACUGAUUCGAAGACAGGCGACUUACUCUACAGUUUUGGAAACAUGGGAGGUUUUAUGCAGCCCAUUGGACACGUUCAGCACUUUCUGAAUUUGAUAUUGUUCCAAUUGUCACCACAGGCUUCCUUGGACAAACCACGGCUCUGCCUAUCACCUCAUCCAAAAUACGUGCACUUGGAUCGCGGUCGCGGCUCAGACGGACCUGUUUCGACACCGGUUACAUUGGUAUCAGUCGAGGAGGACUUGGAGUCCGAUGCCGUGGAAGGUCUACGUCGUUUGGGCCAUGAUGUCAAGGUUGUUGCUGGCAUGGAAAGGUCACUUUUUGGCCGGGGCCAGAUCAUAAAAAAGACUAAGCUUUCAGAUGAUCAUACGUUUCUAUAUUCCGCUGGUAGCGAGAAGAGAGGUGAUGGCGGUACUAUUCCGUGGAUUUAA